GGAUUUUGUGAAUAGCUGAUGACGUAGCAAGGCGUUGAUAGUAUACGUGAAAUCCGUGUGGUGACAAACAGCUAACUUGUUAGUGACGAUAGCCAAUGCGGCGCCAAUUCCGUGUCAUUUUGUUAUUCUACGUAUUCAUUGAAUUGCAUCAUUCAGAAAGAGCUUUUAAACCAAACUUUGGAGAAAUUAAUACAUUUUCUACGUUCACAGAAUUAUAUAAAACUGAGUGAAAACAUGAACAACAAUUGCCAUUCAUCAAAUCUGAAUCCACAUCUAAAGAGCUUUGAAGAAGACACUCUAUUCCAUAUUGGAUUCUCAUCUACUCAUGAUGAUCUCCCUGAGAUGUUUGGCGAUGUCAAGUUUGUAUGUAUGGGAGGUACUUCUAGCAGGAUGAAGAUAUACUCUGAAAGGUUCGCUGAUGAGCUGAAAAUGGAAUGGAUAGAUUACACCAAAGGAGAGAGAUAUGGUAUCUUCAAAGCUGGUCCAGUUUUAUGUAUCAGUCAUGGAAUAGGAAAACCUUCUGCAUCAAUUGUCCUCCAUGAAGUCAUCAAGAUGGUCAACUAUGCUGGAUGCCAAGAUGUUGUAUUCAUACGCAUGGGAACGUGUGGAGGGAUUGACUGUGAAGCUGGCACUGUUGUUGUCUCAGAUAAAGCUCUUGAUGAGAUGCUCAAACCAGAAUAUAACCUGCAUGUUUUAGGCAAGGUGGUCACCCGUCCUACCCAACUAAGUCAUGUAUUAGCAGAGGAUAUUCUGUCAAGUCAGUCAUCUAACAAUGGCUUCAACAUUAUCAGAGGGAAUACAUUGUGUACAUCAGAUUUCUUUGAAGGUCAAGCUCGGAUAGAUGGAGCCUUCUGUCACUAUACAGAGGAGGAUAAGAUGGAAUACUUAAAGAAAGUCAGAAAUGCAGGAGUAAGAAACAUUGAAAUGGAAUCAGCAGUGGUGGCUGGGUUAUGUAAUGCUGCAAAUAUUAAAGCGGCUGUUGUUUGUGUAACUCUGUUGGAUCGCCUGAAGACAGAUCAGGUGACUCUCACACAUGAUCAACUUAUGAAAUACGAGAUGAGGCCAAUGGAUGUCAUUCUUGCUUUUGUCAGUAAGAAAUUAGGUAAACAAUAGAAAUUCCAUUACAAAUAUAUCUUCCUCUUUUUGUUACCAUAGGGGCAUGGGAUGAGUUUGUAAGGAUUCUUAAAUCUUGUUGCCAGGUAUAUAGCAUUUAAAUGUUUUGCUUCUAAGCAGUUGCAAAGAGGGUAUAUUUUAUUAUAUUUGCAUACAAAUAAUAUAGUUUUUAUAGAAUUUGUGUAGAUUUAGAAAAUCAGCAAAAGUGUAUUCCAUUUUGAAAUUUUGAAGACCUUGUACCGCUGGAUGCAUUGUGAUCAUAUAUCUAUGAAUGUAUAUAGAAGCAACAUGGAAAUAAUGAAUUUUGGUGUUCUAAUGAAGUUCUUAUCUAGAAUCUAGAAAAUCCAUCAUAUUUGUUAUAUGCAUGUCUUCAACCAUGUUUAUUUUGAAGGUAUCAUCUUAAAGUACAGUAUUCUUUAAAUAAAAAACUUUAUUAUUUGAUUGUUAAAACAGUUUAGUACCAUGAAGCAUGUGUAUUGAACAGUAAACAUCCAACAAGAGAGAUAAAAAACAAGCAUUUUCAUUAACACGAAUCAACAAAUAUGGAAUUACUAAAUACUAAUAGACUCUGAUCCUUACAGACUGGUUGUUGCCAAAUCAGAUUUGGUGUAAGAGAGGUAAUUUCUGAUAUUUUCAUUCCAUCUCUUUAAUUUAUCUCAUUUAUUACCACAAAAAAAAAUCAAGUAAAUAUAGUCAAAUAUAUCAUGGUAAUACAAUAAACAACUUGUGCUAUUGUUUCAGUAGAAGUAAACAUGUUAGCGUUUGUGUGAAUAUAUAAUCAAUAUUAGAAGAAGUGUGAACUUCAUAAACAACCUUGUGAUUUAUAUUUUUUGAAUGGAGAUGCCCACUAUAAAGCAUAGCUUGUAUUUUGUGGGCUCUUCAACACUUGCGUGAUAUUUUGAUCAUAGUUGGAGGCUUGAUAUUUUAUGUAAGUUAAUGCAGCUGUAUCCAGUACCAGCACCUUUUGGUUUCUUUAAAUGCAGUUACAUAUAAUUUUCACUUGGAUAUAGUGUCUUAGUAUAUCAUCUUCAGUGUUGAGUCCAAUAAUUUAAACUCACUACAUGAGAUUCCAUUCAAAUAACAAAAUAUUAAAGGGAGAGCUUGGUCUAGAAUGUAUUUAAAUUUUAAGACUAGAUAUAAAGACCAUUACUGCCAAACAUACCUUUACUGCCAAUGUUUACUAUUUAGUUCAUGAUUAUUUACUACCCCCCCCCCCCCACCCUUCUCAUCCUAUUCCAUAUGAGUAUGCAUGAUUAUUCCAUGUAAUGAUAAGCAGGCUAUGUUAUAUACUUCUUUUCAAAUGGUGCUUUAUAUUAUUUAUGUUGCAUGUCAGUGCAAUAUGAUAAAGAUAAGGAAUGCCAUGCAAUGACAUGCAAAGGAAUGAUUUUUUUAAUUACUUGUUCAUUUGUUGAUAACAAGUGAUCACUGAAAGACCACUGACUGUGUUCAUAGACUUAUAUCACUUAAAUUACUGUUAUAGACAUUCCAUGUACAGAUUUUUUUAAUCACCCAGCAUAUCCUGCUGUUUUUUAUUUUGUUUCAGGUUCUUUCCUUUUGUUAUGUGAAACAGUGGCCAAAAAGAGGAAUUAUAAGUUAUAAGUGACAGAUUUAUGAUAAGCCAGAAAAAAACCUUAGCAUAUCAAUUGAAAUGUAGGUUUUUGUUUAAUUAUGCAUGCAUAUCUAUAAAGUGGUUAUCAAUCUGUUUUCUUAACUUUGUUUUAUCCAAUAAUGUUCAAUCCAUUUGAAAUAUGAAUUAUCUAGCUCAUUUGCAGGCCUAUCAUUUUGAAUUCAAGAAUACUUUUAAAUUAUUCCAUUAUUUAAAAAAUUAUAACAUGUAUGUUUAGAAUGUGUUCAAUAUGAAAUAACUGAAAUACAUUUUGUGAGUCAAACUAUCAUGUUUAUCUUUAAUUAGAUGUUAUGUCACUUGAAACUCAAUAGAUUUUAAUGUUGUGUAUUUUUUGUACUACAUUUUAAUUAGAUGUUUUCCCAAGUUGAUAAGAGAAUGCUUGACAGAGAAGUCAGACUUAGGAGAAUAGAUUUGAAUGCAAGGCUGAUUGUAUUUAUUCUCACUAAAAACGCAAUUGGUUAUGUGUGAUAUAAUUUCAAGGGUACAGUUGUGCCAUGUUAUCACUCUACAAAUUAUUACAGGUGUUCAUAAUUCCCUCUUUGAUAUUUAUUUUGUAGUAGACGUACAAUUGGUUGUGUCGUGAAGUUAUUCAUGACAUUACAAAACGACUCUUACGGCAAUAAAAAAACCCACUUUGGAUGUUUGUCCAAUGAAAUACAUCACCGAUGCAUUCAUAAAACAUCGAAAUGUAUUCAAGUUUCAGAUCGAAAUCUGAAAUUAUCAAACAGAACAUAAAAAUUUGAAAUAAUCAGUGAUGUUCUGCAUGAAAGAAAAAAAUAUUCAUAUUCUAUAUUGCUUUGGUUUGCUCGUGUGCUACAUUUAAUCUUCAUUUUUGACAUUUUGCUGUUGCACAAUGCACAUAUACUGUAUAUUGACUGCAAUACUGUUUAAUAGCUGAAAAGCAAAUUUCAUUCUCACUAGUAGCCACAUUGUGAGGCAAUACAAUCAGCAAUAAUUUCAUACAUAUUUGACCUUUACUGCGACCUAAUGGCUUCCACUUCACCAGAGUUUGAAUAAUUUUUUUAUCCUCGGAAUCCAAAUCACAGAUUUGGGAUGACCGUAAAGCAUAUUGGAAAUAUCAUCUUUAUACCGACACAAUUGCACAUACUAUAUAGCCAUUUUGUUCUCAAGAAUCGUAUCAAAACCGACAAUACCUUCCCCAUUUUGAGGUCAGUGGAGCAAGAAAUAGUCUCAGCAGAUCAAUUUGCAUUACAUUAUACAGUGAGGUUUGAAGCUAUUGGUAUAUUCAGGGAGUUGGGAGUACUACCUGGUAUAUUGCACCAUAUGAAUGGACUGUGAUUUAUUUAUUAUUGCAAAAAUAAUCAAAAAUUGUUUUGUACUUCUGGCAAACUGCUCGUAUUUUUUUUGGCUUUCUGAACCAUGAAAAUAAAAUAAAAUAAAUUUAUAUUUUCGACCAGAGUGCAUAUGUAUGUGUGCUUGCAGUCUGCUCCAUGUACAUUUAUCGUUCUUCCAAUUUGUGGAAUACAAUAGUUGAGUCACAGUAUUGAUAACUAUUGAUAUUAUUUCAUUCAUUCAUUCAAGUUUACCUAAGAUACUGGUCAGUAUACAAUUACAUGUAGGAAAAAGCAAAGUAUGAUAAUAAAAGUGUAGGCCAUAGCAUAACGAGGAGCAAGUAGAGGCAAUCAAACUAUAUUUUUCUUAUGAACUUAUUGACUCAGACACUUCCAGUCCCGGUUUUGAAAGACAGUAUCACCAUUUACAAUGGAUAGCGCUUUCAGUAAUCAACAGCAAUCUAUGAUGUUAUUUGGGCAUGAUUUUCACCACUUGUUAUCGAUAGCACAAAUAUGGUCAUGAGUGGAGACGGAUCGCAUUUGGCAAUCAGUUGCCACUCAUGAUGAGGAGCACACAGACAUGCAUUUUUUUAUAUAAAUGCAUUCUUUUACCACUGGUGAUUGAUAGCAUUAUAUCCAUUAUAAGCGAAAGGGAGGCAUGCCUUCUAUCUAUCGGUGACCUGGGUCACUGAAUAGACGAAAAUCAAUUGUAUAGCCGCUCUGCAAAAUAAUUAUGUCUGGAUUAUGUAGUUGUGAUUAUCAUUAAUUGGACCCAUAUUUGCAUUGUAGUAAUUAUUGCCGCAGAGUUUGCAUGUUUUUUGUGUCAUAAAUCUCUGAAUUUCCUAUUUUUUGGGACUCAUUUCUUAUAGUAUGAAAAGAUAUUUUGUAUAUGGGAUUUACCAACUUCAAGCAAGACUGACAUUCUCAUUGUUUGUGUGAUUUACAGGUUCCAUUUGAGGCUAGCCUUAGGCCUAUUGAGAUUGUUAUUAUAUGGAUGACAAUCAAAAUGUUUUACUUUUGUUUUGUUUUGUAUUCCUAAACAGUGUGGACAUAUAUAGUGUCUUAGUUUAUUCAUUGUGUAGAGCAGAGAAAAAAUACAAAAGAGUACAAUAAUUUGCUUACAUUUUUUCAUUAAAGAAGGUUUGUCAUUGUUUAAUCUGUUGACUGCGCAAGCUUCUUUUUUUUUUACAUUUCCAAUUGUUUAAACUCUAUUUAAACUGCGUUGCCUUGAAAAGAGGCCAUAUUUAAUUCCAUAGUAUUUUGCUGUGUCAAAUCAUGUUCUGAAAUGAUAAAAAUAAGUACGAAAUAUUAUUUUAAUUGCAAUAUUGCAGAGUGUUAUUGCUGAAAUGCUAUAAGGUGGUGUGAUGUUGCAUGUUGAAAAAUUUUCCUAUUAAAACCUGAGCUUGAUACUAAAA